CACUGACCUUGUCCUUCGAUUUUUUUUUAUUUAAAUCUGUGAUUUUAAUAAACUUGUUGCUUAACCUGUGCUAAGUUCUUGGAUAGUUGUUUUCAUUUCCCGAAAUGCAACUGUACAAGUGCAAAAAGUGCAAUUUCCGAACAAAACUCUUAUCCAAGAUAAAUGUCCACCUCACAAUCCACACAAAAGGCAAAGAAACUUUUAAUUGCUCAAAUGGCGAACUGGAACCUUACAAAUGUCACAAAUGCAAAACAUUCAAAACGCCAUUAUUAUCACAACUGAGACAUCACAUCAUUCAAGGUCACACAUCUGAACGUGGCAAAUCCCCAAUCUACAAGUGUCCCACUUGUGACUUCAACUCGUUUUCGAGUUAUUUGCUCUCGAGACAUUUAAAUUUUACAAAACACCAGGAAAAGGAUAUCUCCAGAUGCAUGUAUUGUGGUUAUACAGCUAGAUCUCCUUCAACUUUGAAACGGCACUUAAGCAUGAAACACAUGAGUCUUAUCGACGAUUCCAAGAUUAAUUGGUUCCAAUGUAAGCAUUGCCCGUUCAAGGCCAAAGAAAGAGCCUCUUUGAAAAAACACAUGAAUUGUAAACACGACCCCACGUCUCGCUACCCGUGCAACUUUUGCCACUACAAGGCCAAAAGGAAGGACAACUUGAAACAACACCUCAUCAAUCGACACGAAGUCAAAAACCUCUUCCAGCCUUUGCUGUGUCAUUAUUGUGAUCAUAACUUCAAAAAUAUAUAUCAUUUGAAAGUGCACAUUGUGUCAAAGCACCCCUUGAUGUGUGACUUUGAGUGCUUCCAGUGCGACCAGUGCCAGUACAAGACGCUGUUUAAGAGCAGCUUAGAGAGGCACAUGACCAGGAGACACGACUCCGAUAGGCUCAAGUGUGACCAAUGCGAAUUCACAACCAAACACAAGCCCAGGUUUCAAAACCAUAUUACUUACAAACACACUGAAAAUCCUACAUUCGCAUGCGACCAAUGCGAAUUCAGAACGAAAUACAAGUACGAGCUAAAAAUCCAUGGCAUAAUUAAACACAAUGAAAACACUAAAAUGUAUAAAUGUGGAAAGUGUGAUUACAAGACCAAACUUGCGAAGUAUCUUAAAGUGCAUCAAAGCAACCAUCAUGGCGACGCUCCAGUGUUUCAGUGCAACACUUGUGACCAUAAAGCAAGUGCUAGAAGCAGUUUGUUUAGACAUAGGCGGGCACUUCACUCCAUUGGCUCUUACAAGUGCAACGAAUGCAACUUGGAUUAUAAAACCAAGUUUGAACUUGAAAUGCAUAAAAAAAAUGGGCACUUGGAGGAUGUUAAGUUGCACGAAUGUGACCUUUGCGAUUUUAGAAAUGUGCAUUUGGAAAAUAUAACUUUGCAUAAAGCUGUUAAACAUUCGGAGAAGUGGUUUUAUUGCGCACAUUGCGACCACAAAACCAAAAGGAAGGAGCGGUUGCGUGUGCAUUUGAAAUGGCAGCAUGAUUUUGUACUUCCUUAGUGGUUUUGAAGCAUUAUUGUACUUAUUCUGUACUACUAAGCAAAAACGUCGUAACUACUUUAAGUAUUUUUUGAGUUAUUUCAUGUUUCUUAAAUUUUCUAUGGCACCUAUGAUUGGAGUUAAUGGACGAUUAUGUAUAUGUUUUUAGAGCGUUGUUUUUCGAUAUACAGUUGAAAUAAACAAUUUCAAAAGUUUUAAAAAGUCAUAACUACAAAAAAACAAAAAGCUAGAGAUUAGCAUAAUAAAUUAACAAAGAAGAUAUUUAAAAGAACAACCAAGGCUUAUAAAUAUAUGGUUACUAAGAAGUAUGGUUACAGCCUUUUUUUAAUGUGUUCUUUUUUGUGCAAAGUUUCUAGUGAACUUAUUAUCUUCAAAGAUUGAUUGCUCUUAUCUUUUUUCCAAGGUUAAUAUUUUAGUGCCAAGAAAGUAGUUUUUUAACACCUAGAGCCUGUACAAACUUAAUGCUAAAAGCACUGAUUUCGCACAUGUCAAAAAAUUCUAACAACUAUCUGAUGUUUCUUUCCAUAUUAACUAGAAUUUUUUGAUUCUCUUCCAGUUUUCUCUAUGUAACUUCUUUUGUACUGUAUGUGUGUCUACUAGUUCUACAUGUAAUAAGCUACUUUUUUAUUUUUAUUAUUUUUUUCUUUUGUUGUUACACAAUUAUGAUUUUGAAUUGUUGCCCUAUAAUUGGGCAUUCUAUGUGUUAUUAUUAUUAUAAAGACAACAUUUGCAAAGUAAACAAUAUUUUAUUAGUUAGAAUGCUAAAAACUAUUAAAUUUGACCCUAAGUUAGCCUUGUAUCACCAGAACAAAUUUAAUAUAGAUGUUUUCUUCCAAAACACAAAAAAUCAUUACGUUAUUAAUUACGUCCGUAGUUUUUAUACAGUUAAAUUUUAUAAAAACUGUUCAUCAAAACUUAUUAAAAUUUGGUAUAUGCUUAAGAGUAUAUAAAUUGUAUCGUUUCAGAUGUUUAUUAAAUUUCUAUCUCCAUUUGUUCUUCAGAUACAAGGCUAACUUGAUUUUUUUUUAAUAGCAACAAGGGUCAAAUUUAAUAUUUUUGAGAAGAGCAUUUUUUUCUGAGUUCUAUGGUAUAACACAUGCAUACCUUAAUUUAAUGGAAACUUAAAAAAGAUCGAAAAUUUUGAAAAAUGUAAAAUUUUAUUAGCCUUGGAAAUGUUGUCUUUAUCUAUCGUUAGCUCAUUAACCAAAAAAUAAGUAAAAGUUAAAAAUAAUUGUUAAAAUAACACUUUUAACUGAAAAAACACGUUUUAAUUAAGAAAUUUUAAACACGGAAUACUUGAUUUUUAUGCUACAAACGAUGUUCAAACUGAUUUCCACUAACUUCUUGGCGUUCUGUCUCCAUGAUAAACCAACAUGAGAUUUUUUUUCGCUCAGUUUUACUUAAAUGUGCCAUUAUUAAAGUAAUUAUUGCACCCAAGUUUAAUUUUUGGCUAAUAUACAAGUGACAGACAUCGCUAAUAACAGUAUUUUCAAAGCCAACUUAGUUUUACUACUCCAGAAAAUUUUUGAAUUUUUAUUUUUUUACAUUUCAAGAAAAGUAAAGGUGGGUAUCAUGUUACAUCAUUGAGUUUAGAAAAAAAGCUCUUUUAAAAAUGAUUGAAUUUGACCCUUCGUGCCAUUUAAAAGAAUCAAGUUAAAUUUGAAAAGCUCUCAGAUGAUAGAAUUUAAACACUUUUAACUGUUCCCCAAAUUUCAAGGUUUUCUAUUAAACCGUUCUGAAAAUAUUUAACUGUAUCCAUACUUUUUAGCGACUCUGUAUAUUUAUUUUCUUAAAGUUUCAAGUUUCUUAUCUUAUUUCAACCAAAAUAUCAAAUAUUUUGCUUCUUAAAUUAAUAAUUACAAGUACUUAUUCUACACAUUAAGUAAUGCAUUAAUUAUCACAAUUUGAGUUAUUUAUCAGAUUUUUCAAUUAUAAUAAAAGAUUUAAUACAAAUUUUUGAGAUACCAAGUAAUUUCGUAGAAAUCACACAAUUUUAAUAACAUCUAUAAAUGUAGAUACUACGUUCUUGCUUAGCAGGCCAAAAAAGGUUUAGUAAUAAAAACAAUUAGAAAACAUUUUUAUUGAAAUAAACAAUUUAUUUACA